ACCUACGUCAAGACCUAAAUCCACGGGUAUAUAUACAAACUUCUUCUCGAAUACCAAAUAACUCUCUUCAAAAUGUGCAUGAAGGCUCAGUGUUCCACCUGCAACAAGGUGACUUGGUGGGGCUGUGGCGCCCACAUCCCGUCCGUUAUGGACUCAGUCCCCGAGAGCGAGUGGUGUGCUUGCACUCCCCAGGUCGAGAAGGACGGAAAGAAGUACCCUCCCAAAGCCGCUCAGUCUUGACUAUCUGGUUGUGUGAUUUUCUAGAAUGUUCAGCGAG